GGAAGACUCGCCGCGCAAGCGCACGCUGUCGGGCGCCGCCCAGAACGGGGCGGUUGGUGACGAGAUGGAGCCUGAGGUCUUCCUUGGACGAGUGUCUGCAUUGCAGGCCGGCAUCCGGGGCUUUCUGGUCCGACGUCAGUUCCAGAGCCUUCGAGCUGAGUAUGAGGCAAUUGUACGGGAGAUUGAGGGUGACCUCGGCUCGCUUCACUGGACUGGGGGCUGGAUUCCCAAGCCGAUAUUUCUCCCAGAGGCAAAAUCUCAUUGCUCCUGGAAAGCAGAGAAAAUACCAAACCCAGAGCAGAAAGUAUGGAGCCAUUUCCCAUGUAAGGACUCUGAAAAAGAGGUCAUCCGGGAAAAGAUGGUGCUGAAGAAGUCAGAAGAGAGCCCAGCAGAACCAGAAUGUCUUUGCAGAGAUGACAGCCCCUGGCUUCAGGCUGAGCAGGGCAGGAAAGCCAGCCAGGGGGAUACCUCCAUCUCCAAGGUGGAAAACGAAGAUCUAGGAUUAUCCCAGAGCCAACAGGAGCUCCAAGACCAGCGCAACCACUUGGCAAUGGAACUGCUAUGGCUACAACAGGCCAUCAACAGCAGAAAGGAGUACCUAAUUCUCAAGCAAACACUGAGAUCCUCAGAAGCAAGCCAGACUACAGACAAGCCUAGUAACAUGUGCCUGAAGCCCAGGGGACAGGCCUGUGAGAAGACCUGGUUGCAAUCAAGCAGCCUUCUGGAGGACCAUUCCUAUAGAGACAGAGCCAUAGGAGAGCCACCUCGUGCAGAUGACUCCUGCCACACGGGCAGAUCGAAGCCCCAGAAAUCCCCAGACAGUAUAGCCAGGGCAGGCAAAGCCACUGCUGGGGCUAAGGGCAGGGAACUCUGCUAUAGGAAGACUGGACCACAGCUGCCUGCAGCAUUAGAGAACCAGGCUAGCUCUCUAGGACCUCAAGGACAGCCCUUUAAUGACACCUGCCUACAGCAGUUGAAACUCCUAGAGGAUCAGACCUAUGGGGACCCCAAACCUAGGAGUCCUGGAAAGUCUUCGAUACAACUGCCCACACUCUGUGAAAAGCCAAGCUACAAAGAGGCUGACUGCCAAAGAGCCAGGCCAUACAGUUUGAGUAUCUCAGAAGAUUACAUGAUUGGGGAUGGGAUGCUGGCAGGGCAGGAGCGUGGUAGCCUGGGUCUCAGAAGGACUAAACCACCCAGGGCCCAACCCCGUGCUAGCAGUUCCAGUCAGGGGACUACCAGCGAGCUUAGUCAGGAAGGACGGGAAAACCAGAGGACUCUGCUGUGGACAUGAAGACCGCUGGAGAGCUGGGCUUCUGUGAGAGAGGACCAGUGGAGGGGCUGAUCACACGGAACCAAGAAUCUCAGGCAAGCCCGGGACAUCCAGGACAGGAAGGGUUCUCAAAGGGGAUGCUAUGAAAAGAUGAUAAGGGAAGCAGGCCCUUGUCCUGCCUCUCUGGUACCUCCUAUAUCUCCUGCCCUUGGCCCUGGCCACUGGUGGCUGUGAGGCUAAGAGAAGCUGCAGGAUUAGGCUGAUACAGUAGGAGAAAAAUGAAGGAUGUGCCCUUUUAUCCUCUGUUGGUGACUUAAGCCAGAUUUCACCUUUCCUUGGGCUAAGCAGGGUAGGAGGAUUGUGGAGAAUAAAAGUUUCUUGGGU